CAUCCUCCAUAUGGACCCUGUCUGUUAUCCAGGGCUGGGCGAUAUCCUCAGCAGAAUAAACUCGAAGGGAGAGGGAUUAGCUAGCUCGCUAGCGUCUGAAUUCCCUAUAAAUGACAGAAGUCGCCUGACAUCACAUUCAUCAAGCCUCGAAGAAGUCAAAGUGUCAAUCUGCCUGUUGCCAUGGCAAUCCUCUUUGCGGUGGUGGCCCGCGGGACCACGAUCCUGGCCAAGCACGCAUGGUGCGGUGGGAACUUCCUCGAAGUCACGGAACAGAUAUUGGCCAAGAUCCCCUCUGAAAACAACAAGCUUACAUACAGCCAUGGCAGCUAUCUCUUUCAUUACAUCUGUCAUGACCGAAUCAUAUACCUGUGCAUCACGGACGAUGACUUUGAGAGGUCCCGUGCCUUCAGCUUUCUCAGUGAGGUGAAGAAGCGCUUCCAGACGACCUACGGCUCACGGGCCCAGACGGCCCUGCCAUACGCAAUGAACAGUGAAUUUUCAUCCACUCUGGCUGCUCAGAUGAAACACCAUUCAGAUCCACGGGGGUCAGACCGCCUCGCUGAUACUCAGAUGCAGGUGGAUGACUUGAAAGGCAUCAUGGUUCGGGACAUAGACUUGGUGGCCCAGAGAGGAGAGAAGCUUGAGCUACUGAUUGACAAGACAGAAAAUCUGGUUGAUUCAUCAGUGACAUUUAAAACCACCAGUCGCAACCUAGCAAGGGCCAUGUGUAUGAAGAACCUCAAAUUGACGGUUGUAAUAGUGCUUGUGGCACUGGUCAUUCUCUACAGCAUCGUCUCAGCUGCCUGUGGAGGCCUCAGUUGGCCAACCUGUGUCAAAUAACGAGAUGAGAGGAGCAGUAGAAGAAGAAGAAGAAUAAAACGAGAUUGAGGAAGAGAGGGAAAGUUGUAUUAUUUUUCUGGAACUCUUGUUAUUCCUGUUUGCGAGCGGGUGCAAAGGGAAAGACCACUUUACCUAACAGUACUUCUCCGGCUGUAACAUCUAUGUGGGCAUACAUUUUCCCUUACUUCCUGUCAUCACUCGCAUCCUAGCAUUCACAUUGACAUGCCUUCAGGACAGCGCCCCCCCCCCCCCACCAACACCACCACAAUUGUUGACUGAUGUUUGGUCUGGAUCCUUUCAUUCAGUAGUACAGCACAUUACACAUGCCUGUCUCGUUACACAUGCCUGUCUCGUUAUACAUGCCUGUCUCGUGCACCUAAUGACGUUUCAAAUGCCUCUCUGACCUCUGUCCAGGCGUUUCAUUCACAUCAAUUCCAAAAUGAGCCACUUUAAGUUUGAGGUUGUUGUUCUUUUAAUUUAGCUUUUGUCUUGCUUAAAUCUUAGUGAGAUAGGAUUAAAGAUAUAUUGAACAAGGGCAAACUAUAGAAAUCAUUAUACAUGCCAGCAGGCUUGACUUGUAAGAUUUAAUAUUAUUAGCUCACUGGAAAUCACUGGAAAUUAAUCUUUUCUUAGACACCACGAGUGCAGUGUAUUUCUCCUACAAUGGCAUGUGUCCUUUCCUUAAACUUAAAGCCUCUAUUAACAGCAAUUUAUUAAACAAAGGAGACACUAUUAACAUUUUGCUCAGAGAGGCUAACAUUUUUAGAUUCUGGGGAUUUUAUGUUUUCUUAUCAUAAGCACCGUUGACAAUUAACUACUCUAGAAAAUAAUGUUAAAGAGAAUGUAUUGCAAGAAGAUAUUACUUUAACUUGUUCCUUUUUAUUAGCCAAGAAAUAAUAGCUCUGUAAAUUUAAUUAAUUUCAUUGCUCCUGAUCUUGAAAGAUGCUUGCUUUCGAGUUCCUCUUCCAGGGAUUGAUUGAAUAUGCUAUCCUUUUGUCAACCCAAUGCACUUUUUGCCAUUGUACAUACGCGUGCUUCAUACAUAGUAUGGUUUAUAAUUAUUUAAAUAUUUUACAUCCAGAUUUGAAAAUAAAAUCUCCUCGUACCAAGUGUGAAUUGGGAAAAUCAUGCGUUGAAAUGUGCUGGCUGGCUGACACAUUAUGCAGCUGAAAAUUGAGCUGCUUAAUAUGUUUACUUUUUAUGUGAGUUAAUGAUCAUUGUAAUUGUUGCCGUUGUAUGAUAAAGUAGUUACCGGUC